AUGGAAUUCGAACGACUGAAUUGGUUGAGAGAUAAUCAAUCGAAAUUAAGAGUGGGCAAAUAUAAUAAUUUGACCGCUCAAACUGAUGGCGAUACAAGAAAUGAACACCAAAAGCGAGGAAAACGAGUUGUUCUGCCAUCAACAUUUGUUGGUAGCAAGAGAUAUAUGGAUCAACUAUAUUUUGACGGUAUGGCCAUUUCAAGUCGAUUGGGAUUCCCUGAUUUAUUUGUUACUUUUACCUGCAACCCAAAUUGGCCUGAAAUUAAAAGAGCAUUGUCAGGCACAGGUCUACAACCCCAUGAUAGGCCAGAUAUCAUUUCAAAAGUUUUCAAAAUAAAGUUUGAUACCCUCAUGGAUGAUAUUACAAAACACCAUGUUGUUGGAAAAGUGAUUGCAUGCUAUGACAGAAUAACAGCAGCAGUUUCAACAAAUAGCAAUCAACCUGUUGAUGAAAUCCAACAAUAUCUCGACUGCAGGUAUGUCUCUCCCAGUGAAGCAUGCUGGCGCAUUUACUCUUACAAUAUUCAUGGCAGAAAACCAGUUGUGGAACGUAUGUUCUAUCAUUUGGUUGGGGAGAAACCUAUAUACUAUACAGAUUAUGCACGCAUGGAAAAUGUGCUGGAAAAUGCAAGUGUGACUGAAUCAAUGUUUACUGCAUGGCUGGUGGCAAAUGCUAAAUAUGAAGAGGCACAAACAUUAACUUAUGGUCAAUUUGUCUCAAAGUUUGUUUAUCACAAAAAACAGAGAGAAUGGAAACCGCGGAAAAAAGGCUUCACCAUUGGACGUCUCAUAUGGGUUCCGCCAAUAACCGGUGAACUGUUUUACCUGCGCAUGAUGUUGACGGUGGCAAAAGGACCAACAACUUAUGAGGAAAUCAGGACCGUGGAUAACAUUCAGUAUGAUACAUUCAGAGAUGCAUGCUUUGCAAUGGGAUUUCUUGAAGACGACAAAGAAUACAUAGCUGCUAUAAAGGAGGCAAGUCAUUGGGGGACGGGUCAUUUUCUUCGAAAACUGUUUGUUAUCAUGCUUUUGUCUGGUGCUGUUAAUCGCCCUGCACAUGUUUGGGAACAAACUUGGCUCCUAUUAUCUGAUGGUGUCUUACAUACACAAAGAGCAUUGGCUGCAAAUCCAGAAUUGGUCCUCACACAAGAAGAGUUACAAAAUUUGACUUUAAUAGAAAUUGAGAAACUGCUUCAAGCAAAUAGAAGGACACUAAAGGAUUUUAGUCCUAUUCCAUAUCCGGAUGCUUAUGUUCUUGAACAGUUGGGAAACAGGCUCAUAUAUGAUGAGCGUAAUUAUGAUACAGCGUCAAUGAACUUAGAAUUUGAAAAUAUGUUUGCUGCUCUUACAGGAGGUAGAACUGCACAUUCAAAGUUCAGGAUACCGGUACCAACUAUGGACAAUUCUACUUGCAAGGUUGAAUUCAAGGAUGAUGUUGCAGACAUGUUACGACAGACAAAGCUUAUAAUAUGGGAUGAGGCACCAAUGGCGCAUAAGUAUGCAAUAGAAUUGCUUGACAGAACUUUGAAAGAUGUUAUGAGUGCAGACAAAAAUUCAACUGAUGUAUUCGGUGGAAAGGUUGUUGUUUUCGGGGGAGAUUUCAGACAGAUUUUACCUGUCGUCCCCAGAGGCAGUCGUUCCGAUAUUGUACACUGUGCCAUAAAUGCAUCUUACAUAUGGCAUUCAGUUGAGGUAUUAACAUUGACAAGAAACAUGCGGCUACGAACAGGAUCAACACAGACUGACAAAAAUGAGAUAGCACAGUUUUCAGAUUGGCUUUUAAGAAUAGGAGAGGGCCGAAUAUCGGAGCCUAAUGACGGCACCGCCGAAAUCAACAUACCACCUGAUAUUAUGAUAACAGAAUUCGAUGAUCCAAUUGUGGCCAUUGUCAAUACCACAUACCCUGAUUUCAUAAAUAAUUUCCAAUGUGUUGAUUACCUUAAAAGUCGAGCGAUACUUGCCUCUACACUGGAGAUUGUUAAUCAGAUCAAUGACCAUAUACUUAACUUGAUGCCAGUCAACAAUGCAGGAGAGAUUCGUGACUACUACAGCGCAAAUUCAGUUGACAAGUCUGAGAUUCAUGACCCAGCAGUAGUUGAUAUCCUCACGCCAGAAUUUCUAAGUUCCCUCCGAACAUCAGGUUUGCCAAACCAUCACUUAAAACUAAAGGUUGGGACACCUAUAAUGCUCAUGAGAAAUAUAGAUCAAUCUGAAGGUUUGUGUAACGGCACAAGGCUGUGUAUAACAAAGAUGGCAGCCCAUGUACUCGAGGCUUCAAUAAUGGGUGGUAAAGGUUUGGGAAAUUUGGUUUACAUACCUCGAAUGGACAUGUCACCAUCCCAAUCACCAUGGCCAUUCAAACUGAAUAGGAGACAGUUCCCUAUUAUAGUUUCCUAUUCUAUGACAAUCAACAAAUCACAGGGACAGUCAUUGGAUAAUGUUGGUUUGUACUUACCAAAAGAUGUAUUCACACAUGGCCAGAUUUAUGUCGCAUUGUCAAGAGUAACAACAAAAAAGGGAAUCAAAAUACUGAUACAUGAUGAAGAAAAGAAAUUCAGGGGGAAAACUACAAAUGUUAUGUAUAAAGAAGUUUUUAACAAUGUCUAA